AGGCCUGCACACACCUGUGCAAUCAGUCUCCUGGCCUAUCCCAAAACCUGGUCCCAGGAUUGGAGAUUUCAUCCCUCCCAGAUCUCUUUGAAAAUCUCCAGGCUCCAGAUCCCAAAACAGACCUUACAAACACAGGAGGAAAGUGAAAAGCCACUUUCCUCCAUAUCAAACACUUACCCUGGAGCCCCUCAACCUGCCUUGUUGAGAAUCCAGGGUUACAGAUCGCCACACUGUCACACUAUAUAUAUAUAUAAUAUA